UCAUGCGCGACAGAAUGAUAUCGACCAGCUUCCAUUUUUGCAGAUAACGGAAUCAAAGAAAAAUUAUAUUUGCUCAAGAAAUUUUCAAUUUGCAAAGAUUCCAGCUUACAGAUACGUAUUUUAUAUGCGUUUUAUUGCAUGUGAUAGCGCGCAUAAAAAUUGAAGUAAGUUGGUUCUUAUCCAGGAACUUUGUGAGAUUAUGGCGAGUUUUCGGGUAGCGUUGUUUGGUCACAGGCUUGUUUCUCAUUUUAAGUGUUUUACGUGUUGAAUUAGUGAUAGACAAGGUGGGGAUUCAGUUAUAUGGUUUUCGACAAAGAAUAUUGCAAAGGGUAGACUCCAAGAUCAGUUUGUGGCAUUAUAAUUAAGAUAUUUGUGGAUUGGCGGGAUAACCUUGUUAUAUCUGUGGUAACCAUUACAUCCAAGUGUCUUGGGAGUAUACAUAAAUUUCAUAUCAUCGAGUGGAGCUCUGUAUUCAGUGAAGCACACGGCAGUUGGUUCCAACAUGAAUUUCGGUUUAGUUUUACUGGGUUUCAUUGUUGUGCAUGGAGCUAGUUUAGGGCCAGAACCUCAGUGUUCUAAAUUUCACUAUGAAGAGCAACUUCUGGAGAAAAUGAUAAGGAUGGAGGUGAGAGUUGAAGAGAUAGAGAAACGUAUUUCGAAAACUAAUCAACACGUGCAUCAAACUCUGGAAGACCUUAAGACCGAGAGGCGAGACUUAAAGAAUGACUACAAUGAACUGCAGACUAGAUAUUCACAAGAAAUGGAAGAACAUAUAGCUGAAAUCGGAAAAUUAAAAGAUACCCUGCUGACAGAAACAAUUGCAUUUAAAGCACGUGUACCCGCCGACAAAUCUCUUGAAACUGGUCAAACAAUACUAUUUACAGAGACGAUGUUCAACAAAGGCAAUGGUUACGACAACAUGACGGGCUUGUUUACCGUUCCUGUCAGCGGAACAUACCUGUUCACUAUCCACCUGUGUAUAAAGUAUAAGAUGAACAUGUUUUAUGGUAUUAUGGUAGACAAUACUGUUCAGACCUCUGGGGUGUUUUACGAUAGUACCACCGAUCAUUGCAACACGGCUGAUGCUAUAACAGUUCUUAAAGCUGGAGAAAGAGUGUACGUCAAGUGUUUAUCUACGUCAUCUGGAGAGGUUCUGACUGAGUAUAACAGUUCAACUAGAAAUUAUUGGAGUACUUUUUCCGGGUUACUGAUCCAUAAAUAAAUGUUGAGUAUAAGGCAAGAUGAUUUUUCUUGCCAUCUCAACGUAACUUGUUUUGCAGACGAAAAAUAUAAAUUAAUGUAAUGAUGAAUAACUGCAUAUUUGCAUAAUGACGUCUUCACCGUACGGCUUAAUGUUUUCCUAAAGAAGUGUUGACUCCUGAGAUAUAAAGAUUACUGCCUAGGAAAAAGUUAUUGUUGGCUGAGAUAUGCUAGUUUCGUCUCUUCCUACCAAGGAAUUGCAUACAAUAAUUUGAGAGAGAAUUUAUUUAACAUAUUAAUCUUCCACGAGACCCCCGACAAGAAUAUCAUAAUAAAUAGACCAUUAAACAAUGUACAAGCAAACACAAUACAAAAAUGAAAACACAAAAUGAUAUAUUAUUUAUAUGACAUGCGAUUAAUUCUUCAAUCAUAAGGAUAUUAAUUUGCACAUUUAACGUAAAGAAGAAGGCUGUCCCAAUGGUGGCCUGCAGCGUUCAUUUUAAAGCCACGUGAAAUUUUACUGUCAGUUUUUAAAAUGUCGCGGACAACGUUAAAAUCCGCGAGAUUAUUUGUCGAAUCGCUGCCAAGAGAAACGUUCGAUUUUUAUGUCACAAUUCUGUCGUAAAAGGUCGUGAAUAACAGUCGAAACCGCAACAUUUACCACAAUAAGCCACGCAAACAUAUUCUUAUUUUAGUUAGCCGAUUGCGGCCAUUU